AUGGAGAAUCCAACUGCCAGCACUGUGCAAUCUCUGAAUGCAUCUGGAUCUUCCAGAGUACACGUCGGCAAUAGCUACAACAUAACUCAUAAUCAUGGCAGAGGAUCCGAGGACGACGGAGCGAAGAAAUACCUGGACGCACUGCGCUCGACCGAUCCUCGUGAUGACAAAGCUAGGAUCGAACAGACGAAUGGCGGUUUGUUGAAGGAUUCGUACGUGUGGAUUCUUGAAAGCCCUGAGUUCAUUACUUGGCGCGACGAAAGGAAGACUGGUCGGCUUUUGUGGAUUAGAGGAGACCCGGGCAAAGGAAAGACAAUGCUCUUGUGUGGUCUCGUCAAUGAGCUGCAGCCUUUGACGAGGCUGGAUGGCUCGGAUAACAACAAGACAAUAUCCUAUUUCUUCUGUCAAGCUACAAAUUCCGGUCUGAACAACUAUGCAGCAAUCUUGAAAGGUCUCAUCUACCUGCUGGUCAUUCAACACCCCACUGCUGUGUAUCAUCUAUUCGACAAGAAAGACGAAGACCACUGGAACUAUAAGAUAUCCCUCGAGGGUAUUUUCCGCAAAAUCUUGGACGAUCCAAGUCUUGGUGAGAUAUACUUGCUUGUAGAUGCCCUGGAUGAGUGCGUCGAAGACCUUCCCCUUCUCCUGGCACUGAUAUCGAGUACUUCCUCACGCGCGAAGUGGAUUGCCACCAGCCGUAACCGCUGCGAAAUUGAAGAGCUUUUUGGAGAAACAUCAGCAAAACUAGCGCUGUCUUUGGAACUCCACGAAGAAUCUGUUUCUCAAGCUGUCAAUACUUACAUAAACUACCGAACUCGUCAUUUAGCUAAGAGGAAGAAACUCAAGAAGAGCACAUUACAGCAAGUCCAUGAUUACCUGUCUCAGCACGCCCAUGGUACCUUUCUCUGGGUGGCCUUGGUAUGCCAACGACUGGAGAGAUGCCGAAGUUGGGAAAUUCCCAACCAAUUAUCACAAUUUCCCCAGGGCCUCAACGAGCUCUAUGCGAAGAUGAUACAUCAAAUUCACAAGUCUGAGAACGGCGACCUCUACAUUAGAAUCCUUGCCAUCGCGUCAACGGUCUUCCGUCCCCUUACCUUUUCAGAGCUCAUAGCUAUAGAGAACCUGAACGUGGAUGAGGAGACACUUCCUGAUCUCAUAGUGGAAUGCGGUUCAUUUCUGACGACAAAAAGCAACAUUGUUGUCUUCGUCCAUAAUUCUGCGAAAGACUUUCUGCUCAAAGAGACAAGCACAUUACUCUUUCAAUCUGGACUUGCGCAUCACCAAUACGACCUCUUUCAAAGGUGUAUCGCUAUGAUGCAAAGCCUCCGUCGGGAUAUCUAUGGCUUGGUCUACCCAGGAGUCUCAUUGGAUGCAGCUCUACGGAAUUGUCCCGAUCCGGAUCCAUUGGACAACAUGGAAUACCCAUGUGUUUUCUGGGCUGACCAUAUGCAAGAGGCGAGCAAGCUCUCCAUUCUGGACGAGUCAAACAUCAAUAUCACUGGUACUGGCACUGUAAAUAAGUUUAUUAGUGAGAAGUUCUUGUUCUGGUUAGAGGCGCUCGCUUUAUGUCAGAACCUACCAGCGGGACUGAAAGCUCUAGAAAUUUUAAGGAACUUAGCAGAUCAUGGGCAGGCAAGCUACAAGGCCCUGAUUGAGGAUGCCCUCAGGUUCGCACACUACUUCUGUUCUAUAAUUGAACGAUAUCCACUCCAAAUUUACGCCUCUGGCUUGCUCUACAGCCCGAAGAAUAGCCUUAUCCGCAGUCGAUUCAAACAGUACACUUGGGAAAUAUUCACCGAGGGCCCAAAAGUCGACAAGGAGUGGAGCCCAAUCCGGAGACUUUUUGAACACGAUGAUUGUCUUCAUAUUAUCAGUAUGAGCUUCGCGCCCACAAGUCAAAUGCUAGUUACAACCACAUUUUCAGAAUUGCUCAGAUGGAACGUCAGCCAAGAGCCUGUACCUGACAUCAUGAAAAAAGAUCUUAGCCAUGACACUGCUGCAUCGUCAGACGGUAAAUGGUCAGCAAUUCUCGCUUCCGAGUGCGAGAUUCAAGUUCACGACUUGAAUUUGAAGAGGGUCGCCUGGCGUCUAGAGCUUGACAGCUCUGACUGGCUAGACAUGGUGAUCUCACCCGACAACCAGUCCCUGCUAAUGUGUUAUCGAUCAAUGUUAGUGAUCUAUGACAUUAGCGGUGGAAUUCGUCGAUGGUUUCUUCUCGGCAAUGAAUUCCCUUAUUUGUCUUUUGGGAACCCGCUUUUUUUCUCCUUCUCAUCAAAUGGUUGCUGGGUAGCGGUUCACAUGCGCGGCAGCACCCAAAUUGGUGUCCUGAAUUUAGGAACAGGCGAACAGAACAAGAAUCCUAAUUGGGCGGACAUCGGGACUAUACAUGACACGGAGUUCAUCCCCAAUACAUACCUACUCAUGUUUUGUGACAGUGGAAAUAACAUCUACCUUUGGAAUGUUAUGGAGAAAAAGUGUAAAAAGUGGAUUCACACUGAGUACUCUUUUCAUCUUUUGGCUGUCUCACACUCUGGUUCUUGGCUGCUUCUCGGUGGGAGAAAUGGACUUGCCAUAUGCGAUCGUGCUAAUCGCCGUGUACGGCGGAUAAUUGGCUUGCCGCGAAACUUGUAUGCGGAAGCAAUUGCGAUUUCAUUCGAUGAUCAAUUAGUUGCAUGCGGCAACGAGAACGGUUUAUGGAUCUUGGAUGCUAAUACCCUCCUGGCUGAUACGUCACGUACAACAAGAGAUGCUCACGAGGAGGUCUACAUCUCUGAUAACGGACAGUUGAUAGCUUACGAUCUCGGCCGCAGUAUUGAAGUAUGGGACGCAUCGACUAGCGACAUGAUAUGUUCCUUACCCGCAGCUGAAGUCACUCAUCAAAGUACGAAGACUAUCAAAUUUUCACCAAAGGAUCACUACCUGCUAGUCGUCAACUUGGAAUUGAUCCUUGGGUGGGAUUUAACCAGGGAGAGCUGGCAGAGACUCUCGGGUGACUUCCAUAGUGAAAUUACUGCAGUCUCUGACAAAAGACAGAAUGGCGAUCGGUGGGUAGCAGCUCGUUGGUCUAUGGGCGGCAUUUCUGUAUGGAAUCUCACGACAGGGAAACGGACGCGGAAUUUCAGACAGCCCGACAAUCAAUCACUAAAGGCUGCCUCGAUAGCUUUUACCGGUAAUAAAUUGGGAAUACUGUGGUGCCCUGAUAACGAAUUAUCGGGUAAUGAGGCAUUCCACUUGUACAAUGUUGAAAACGGCGAAGUGCUUUCUCGGAUCGAACUUCCUUACUGUCGGGCUCUUCAGACCCCUAACAAGGUCCCAGAACCAAGGCUUAAAUUGUCUUUGAGUGGAUCCUUCGCCAUGAUGCGAUACGGUCUAGGCUCCUUCUCAUUUUUACGGAGCUUGAGCACAAAUAGUGAUGGUAUCCAAGUAUGGCCCUGGGGCAGAAAUGAAAAUGGUCUCAGACAUCAUCACGAUGGGUUCCAUCAUUUCUUUUUUCUCAACGAGUCCACUGUGUCUACUGAUAGUGGAACAUUUUACAUACGUUUCUUUGAGGAGUCGAUUUCAAGUCAACCUUACGAGGUGUAUACUAAGGACAAGGUUGUCAUAAACAGAGAGAGCGGAGAAGACCCACAUCACAUGGCUUUAACUUACGGUGAAUACACCCAAGGUCCUAACGGCGAAUGGAUAAAUUUUCACAACAAGCCGCUAUUAUGGAGACCUGCACAAUACCGAGACGAGAUCAUGGCAAUAGGCCCUGACUAUGUUUUGCUUGAUCCUUCCUAUGGUGUUCAGUUUAUUCGUUUUGCAAAGGAUGCAAAUAAAUUAUUACACCACGCUAUACUCCGUACAGAACUUAUAUAG